GGGCUUGCUCGCUGCAGCUGCUGCGCCGCCCCCCACAGCACGCGCUCGCGGACCCGGGCCCACGGACCGGGACAACCAGGAGGACGCCCGCCGCGCCCGGCCCAAGCCUCGAGGAGCGGGGCGCAGCGUGCAGGGUCCGGGCGCGGGCGGCGGGCAGCAACCGAGGAUCCCAGCCUGAGGCCGGCCGAGCCUGAACUGCCAUGGGCUCCAUCGGAAGCCAGCGCCUCAAGGAGUCCUGUGUGGCAGCCACAUCUGGCCAGAGUGUGGUGACAAGCUUCAGCUUUGACAACUUCCAGCUAGAGACAACAGCAGAGGGGGCUCAGGAUCCAAGUGUCAGAGUCAGGGGUGUCCCCACUUUCACAGACCCCGCUGUAGAGGAACCUGUGCCAGACGACCGCUACCAUGCCAUCUACUUUGCCAUGCUGCUGGCUGGCGUGGGCUUCCUACUGCCAUACAACAGCUUUAUCACCGACGUGGACUAUCUCCACCACAAGUACCCAGGGACCUCCAUUGUGUUCGACAUGAGCCUCACCUAUAUCUUGGUGGCGCUGGCGGCUGUGCUUCUGAACAACGUUGUGGUGGAGAGGCUGAACCUGCACACUAGGAUCACCACAGGCUACCUCCUUGCCUUGGGUCCCUUGCUCUUCAUCAGCAUAUGCGAUGUGUGGCUGCAGCUCUUCUCUCACGACCAGGCUUAUGCCAUCAACCUGGCCGCCGUGGGCACCGUAGCCUUUGGAUGCACAGUGCAGCAAUCUAGCUUCUAUGGCUACACGGGACUACUGCCCAAGAGGUACACACAAGGGGUGAUGACUGGAGAGAGUACUGCAGGGGUGAUGAUCUCUCUGAGCCGGAUCCUCACGAAACUGCUGCUCCCGGAUGAGCGAGCCAGUACCAUCAUCUUUUUCCUGGUCUCCGCGGGGCUGGAGCUGCUCUGCUUCCUGCUGCACCUGCUGGUGCGGCGCAGCCGCUUCGUGCUCUACUACACCACACGGCCUCGGGACAGCCGCCCCAUCCGGGCAGGCUACCGGGUGCACCAUGAUGUCGCCUCAGGAGACAUCCACUUUGAGCACCAAACCCCAUCCCUGUCUAGCAGCAGGUCCCCGAAGGACAGCCCAGCCCAUGAGGUGACCCAUAGCAGCAGUGGGGCCUACAUGCGUUUUGAUGUGCCUCAUCCGCGAGUCAAACGGAGCUGGCCCACCUUCAGGGCCCUGCUGUUGCACCGAUAUGUUGUGGCGCGGGUCAUCUGGGCCGACAUGCUGUCCAUUGCGGUCACCUACUUCAUUACACUGUGCUUGUUCCCUGGCCUGGAGUCCGAGAUCCGCCACUGCGUGCUGGGCGAGUGGCUGCCCAUCCUCGUCAUGGCCGUGUUCAACUUGUCGGACUUCGUGGGCAAGAUCCUGGCAGCCUUACCCGUGGACUGGCGGGGCACCCAUCUGCUUGCUUGUUCUUGCCUCCGCGUGGUCUUCAUCCCUCUGUUCAUCCUGUGUGUCUACCCCAGUGGCAUGCCCACCCUCCGCCACCCCGCCUGGCCCUGCGUCUUCUCGCUGCUCAUGGGCAUCAGCAAUGGCUACUUUGGCAGUGUGCCCAUGAUCCUGGCAGCCGGGAAAGUGAGCCCCAAGCAGCGGGAGCUGGCAGGAAACACCAUGACCGUGUCCUAUAUGUCGGGGCUGACCCUGGGCUCUGCUGUGGCCUACUGCACCUACAGCCUCACCCGUGAUGCCCACAGCAGCUGUUUCGAAACGGCCACCGCCAACGACUCCAUCCCUGUCGGCCCCUGAGCUAGGCCCACCUGACCCUGCCCACUGCCCAGGGAGGGCUGCUCAGGCCAGGCACCCCAAGGCCUGAGGACCCUCCCCACCCCUGCCUCAGUGCCUGCGGGGUCCUGGCCGCUCCUAAGCCACUAACGCCACCUCGCCACUUCAUUCCAGUUGCCCACUGCAACUGGAACUUGCCUUCACCACUCGGGGCGCUUCCUACCCCACGUUCUGUGUUUGCUCAGACACCUGCUCUUCACCCUCUAUGUCCAGAGGCCCGACAUCUGUCACGUCAGCAUGUUGGGGUCAUUCAGACUCAAAGCCACCCAGAAUGGCUGCCCACAGGUCUGAGUGACUCCUUUCCCUACGACCUCACCGCAGGGUCUGCUACAAAGAUCCAUGGUCGUCAAUGUGGUUUUUCACUUAUUGGGUAGGUGGCACAUUCUCAUGAGUAUUAGAAAUCCAGAAGGAAAGGGACAGUCCCCAGUUCCAUUCUGUCCCCUUCUUAGACACACACACGCACGCACACAUGCACACACACAUUCAUGCUCACAGAUGCACAUACGCACGUACGUGCACACACACACACACACACGCACAUCUGGAAACCUCAUUCCUGGGUCCACACAGGCCUCCCAUAGUCAUAGCUACAGCGCUGACCUGGGUGCUCCCACCUGAGGUGGAGGACGUCCCCCACACCCACCCCUAGUGCAUAGGCUAAAGGUCACGCAGGGAAGUUCUCCAUUUCCUCCCCAGCUCCAUUCAACCUAUCCAUGAUGCAGGGACAGCCGGGAUGCACUCCUGACCUAGGCCACCCUGCCCCUGUUCGUUGAGAAUCAAGUCAUGACACUAGAAACCCUGGCAAGUGACAGAAAAUUCGGGAGUAGGGUCACCAGGUGGCAGGGCUUCUAGCCGAAGGCGGCUUUUGUUGAGCCAGGACACUUGCCUCUCCACACACUCUGGCCCCAGCUGUGACCACAGUUCCAACCCCUGCUGUGUCCUGUCUAUCUGCGUGUCCUCUGACUACCGCACUGGCCAUUAAAGAUGGUAGAG